ACCACUGAAAACUCAGUACAGAGUCCCACCCCAUCCCCAACCUGACCCUGUUUCUGAAACAAUAAUCUUGGUGAUGAUAAUGUUAUCUAAUCUCCUAUAGCAGAACCCAGAAAAUAGAUAGAACAACUCCAUCAUCAUGGAGAUGAUGACCCUUUCAUUUUCUUCUUCAUCUUCAGUACUAACUCCAAGACUUCCUUUCUCUUUAUCUUCUUCCACAUUGUCCUUCUUGGCUGCAAAUUCUAACAGCACCUCACUAGCUACUCUUAGGAAAGCUAAAACCAGAACAAGAAGAACCAAGGGUCUCACUUGCAAUGCCUUGUUCGGGCUCGGCGUGCCGGAGCUAGUAGUUAUUGCAGGAGUUGCUGCCCUUGUUUUUGGACCCAAGAAGUUGCCUGAAGUGGGUCGCAAUAUUGGCAAAACACUGAAGAACUUCCAACAGGCAGCAAAGGAGUUUGAGUCCGAGAUUAAAAAGGAGCCUAAUUCCUCGGAAGAGACCCUUGUUGAGAACCCAACUGCUACAAGGGAACAGGGGGAGCAAGAGAUUAAGGAUAGUGUAUGAGAUGCAGAAAUGUGCGAAGUUAGUAGACAUAUCUUGGCAAGAUUUUAAGACGGCGUUAUGCAUUUAAAAGAAGGACUAGAUAUUAUUCUAUAGUUGUAAUCAGAAAUCUGUUAGUUUAAUAGUUUCCAUUUCGGGAGGAUCAUUAGAUUUGACACCCCACUCAUUAGAAAUGCCACCUCACUUACGGAAACUUAGUUUUCGAAAUAUUUCGGAAAUAAGGUUUCCGAAGCAUUUUUUCACUAAAAAAUGGGAUGUUACAUGUAUUUUGCACUACAAAUCACGAAUUAAUUUCGGAAUCUAAGAUUCUGAAAUAAUUCGGAACUUGAAAAUCUGAAAAUGGGGUUGUGAAAUC